AGCAGCAGCAGCAGCAGCAGCAGCAGCAGCAGCAGCAGCAGCAGCAGCAGCAGCAGCAGGAGCGUCGUGGGUGGGCGUGCGCGGUGCUGUGCAACUUGCUGGGGCUGCUGCAGCAGCUGCAGCAGCAGCAGCAGCAGCAGCAGCAGCAGCAGCAGGGAGGCCCCGUCGACGGACACUGGUGGGCCCAACACUGCGUCAAAUACCGAGUUGCUGCGCCCCUCGCGCUGCGGCUGCUGCUGCCGCAAGUGGCUGAAGAGAGUUUGCUGCUGCUGGACGACACAGUGGCUUGCGUGCUGGACUUGUUCGAGAAGCGCCAGCUCUGGUCCGACCAGCGCUGGUGCUUCACGCUGCGCGACGCCGAGACCUUCUGCCGCCUCAUCGACUACAGCCAAGCCGACAAAGAAGGCACGCGGGCGCGGCUGCACCGCUGGGUGGAAACUUAUGUUUCUUCUUUGCCUUCCCUCUGCGCCCGGGGGGGCCCCCUGGGGGCCCCCGAGGAGAACAGCCGUUUUGUAGUGCGGGUCCUUGGGGACCGCAUGCACCGCAUAGAGGCGAAGGUCUUCGACUCGCGCACGAUCCAGCAAGGGCUGCCGUGGGACCUGGGCCGCCACCAGCAGUCGCUGCUGCACGUGCCGCACUCUUCUGUGUCUCUGUCCCAUUUGCUGCUGCUGCGGGAGAAGACAAAAGGGGCUUUGCAGAUCGUCGACUUGGGCUCCACCAUCGGCACCAUGGCCAAAGUUUGUGGGGUGCAGCCGCUGCAGUCUGGGGACUUGAUCCACAUUGGGGACCGCGUGGAGGUCUCCGUGGAGAUUCACCCGGCCCCCCCGUGGCUGCGGCGAAGGGCUCAAGGCGACAGCAGCAGCAGCAGCAGCAGCAGCAGCAGCAGCAAGAACAGUAGCAGCAGCAGCAAGAACAGUAGCAGCAGCGGCAGUGAUGCUGCAAAAGUGGAGGAGUGCCCCUACUUGCUGUCGCAUUGGAACGUGGCCCUCAACAAAGUCGUGGGGCCCGUUUUGCCUGAGGACGACGCAGCAGCAGCUGCAGCAGCAGCAGCAGCAGCAGCAGCAGCAGCAGCAGCAGGGGGCGAAGUAGAGGCGCCCAAGAAGCUGGCUGGAGGCACCCGCGGUGCCCUUCAGCAGGGGCCCCCCGCAGAUCAAGAGAAGGGUUUGGGGGCCCCCUGCUGCAGCGCAGCAGGAGGCGUUGCUGCUGCUGCUGCUGCGUUGGAGGAGGAGCUGGCGGGCGCAGACAGCAGCAGCAGCAGCAGCAGCAGCAGCAGCUGCAGCUGGGCGCCCAGCCCGGAGGGCUUUGGCCGCAGCAGGCAAGCAGCAGCAGCAGCCGCGUCUUCCGCGUGCGGCUUAGGUGCGGGCGCAGCAGCAGCAGCAGCAGCAGCAGCCGGCGCUGCUGCUGCUGGCGGCGCCGCUGCAGCAGCAGCAGCAGCAGCAGCGGCGCUGGAAGGCAGCAGCGCGCGCCGGGGGGCCCCCCCCGCUGCUGCUGCAGCAGCAGCAGCAGCAGCAGCAGCAGCAGCAGAGGCCGAGCUGGGGGAGGGGCCCCUGGAACCCCUGGAGUCCUUUUUGCUGCUGAAGAUCCACGGCCACGGCCGGCAGCAAGAAAAGGAAGUUUGGAUAGACCCCAGGGGAGUGGUCUUGGGCAGGGGGCCCCACACCCAAACGCCCGACUUCAAGAAGCUGUCAGUGACGGCCAGCAACGGCUACGUGAGCCGGCAGCACUGCUUCGUGUACUACGACGGGCGGCAGCAGCAGCGGCGGUGGCUGCUGAAGGACUUGAGCACUUUGGGGACUUUCAUUCGGCUGAAGCCGCUGCAGCCUUUCCCCUGCAGCUGCCCGCGGGCGCUCUUCAAGGUGGGGCAGUGCAAGGUCGAGGUGGGCCGCUGCAGCGAGCCGCAGCAGCAGCAGCAGCAGCAGCAGCAGCAGCAGCAGCAGCAGCAGCAGCGGCGGCGGCAGCGCCUGCAGCGCCGCAGUCGCCAGCCGCACGCACGCUCCCUACCCGCCGACUUGCCCCUCGAGGGGGCCCCCGAGCGGGGGCCCCAGGGGGGGGCCCCCCGACCAGCAGCAGCGCGGGACCCGGGGGGGCCCCUCGGGACCCUGGGGCCCCGGGGGCCCCUGGGGCCCCUCGAGCCCCCGGGGCCCCUGGGACCCUUGGGGCCCCUCGGGCCCCUGGGGCCCCUCAGCAGUCUGGGGCCCCUCGGGCCCCUCAGCAGUGCGGGGCCCCGGGGGCCCCGGGGCCCCCGGGGGCCCCGGGGGCCCCUGGGGCCCCUGGGGCCCCCGGGGCCCCUGGGGCCCCUCGGGCUGCAGGCCGAAGCCUCUCUGGAGGAGAUGGCGAGGGAGCUGGGGCGGCAGCAGCUGCUGCCCGCGCUGGGGGCGGGCCCCCAGGAGCUGCUGCUGCAGCAGCAGCUGCAGCAGCAGCUGCAGCAGCAGCUGCAGCAGCUGCAGCAGCUGGACCCCAGGGGGGCCCCCUACCCCCCGGGCCUCCCCCUACAGCCCACCAGCUUCCCCGUCUUCGUGCCCUGGGGGAGGGCCCGCAGCAGCGCCUACGAGCAGGCGCUGCAGCCCCCCGCAGUGCAAGAGCUGCUGCGGUGGGGUUUGCUCGGCCCAGAGCUGCCGCCGCUGCAGCAUCCGCCGGCGCCCAGUCCCCUGUCUCUGUCAGGUCACGAGGAGAUAACUGCAGCAGCAGCAGCAGCAGCAGCAGCAGCAGCAGCAGCAGGACUGCCCAGCAGUUCCGGCUUCCAGGGGCCCCCAGGGCCAGGGGGCCCCCCUGGGGCCCCCACCAGGGGCCCCACCGGGGAUCCCAGGGGCCCCAGGGGGGCCCCCCGAGGAGUGGCCGCCAAGGGGGCCCCCCGGGGGGGCCCCCUCGGUGGGUACCUCCGAGCCAGCGGCGUUGGGGCCCCCGGGGGGCCCCCUGGUGGGGGCCCCCCGGCAGCGGUGGCGGCGGCCGCGGCAGGGGCCCUGUGGGUUGCUGCUGGGGCCCCCGGGGAAAGCAGCAGCAGCAGAGGGGCCCCCGGCCAGCUGCCAGCAGCAAGCGAGGGGGGAAGCCCAGCAGCGCUGCUGGGGGCCCCCCGGCCCCACAGCUCCCGGGGCCCCCCGGGGCCCCGGGGGCCCCCCGGGCCCCGGGGGCCCCCGGGGCCCCUGGGGGCCCCUGGAGGCCCCUGCGCACAGCUAGUUCAGCUAGCGCAGCUAGCGCAGCUGGCGCAGCUAGCUGGGCGGGAGGCCGGGGGGCCCCCGAGGCUGCAGCAGCGGGAGCGGCGUUUGUCGGACGCUGAAGGGAGCGAAGGCAGCGGGCUGGGGCGGGGGCCCCCCGGGGGGCCCCCCGGGGGGCCCCCGGGGGGGCCCCCCGGAAGGGGGGCCCCCCGGGGGGCCCCCCUGGGGUGCGCGGAGGAGUACCUUUACGCGGGCAGACACAAAAGACGGGCGCUGCAAGUCCCCGCCCAGUUCAAGUUGCAGCAGCCUUCCCGGCGGCUGCGGCAGCAGCAGCAGCAGCAGCAGCAGCUGCUGCUGCGCCAGGAAGCAGUUAUUGAACUAAUUGAGUUGAAAGACUUGUUGGCUUUUUAG